GUAACAGCCGAACAGGCUCAGCAACUUGCGUGGGAUGCCGAGUUGGCUCGCCGUAAAGCCGCCUUGUUGGAUCACCAAGCUGAAUUGGAACGUGAGGCAGCACAGCUUUCCCGCGAAGCUCAAGCUGAAAUAGUGGCUGCGGAAGUCGAAGCUCGUCGGGAAGCCAUGACUCUCGAAGCCAAGCUUAGAGCUUCUGCAAUUCAACGGGCUCGUGAGGAUGCUCAACUAGCUGACCUCAAACUUCCCGAUUCGGCACGAUGGGCUAGUUCUGGUCCUGCAUCUGGAAAACCCAGUAGGCAAUCAGGACCCAUUUUUUGUGAGACUACCUGGCCCGAGAAGAAUGAUCUGUUACACAUCCAGACUUUGAAAACUGCCGAAGAAGCCGAGACUGCCAAACCACGAGUGGAGCGGGCUCGUCAAUCUACUGGAGAGACUAAUGUUAUAGCCUCUAAAAAGGCCUCUAUCGUCUCCUUCAGUAACCACGAGAUUCCGCUUCAGUUUUCAACAGAACUCCUUUCACACCUAGCGACUAAUCAUAACACGAAGCCGCAGCGUCAUGAGGAAGCACUUGCGAACAAGGCAACUCUGGAAGUUACUCCCGUAAUGACGAUACUGCAAACUUGA